AGCUACUUAUUGCUAUCUUAAGACCUCACCGAGUUAACCUUCAAAAUUCACAAAAAUCGUUUUUUGUUUAGUUUUGAAUGUCAAAAUUUUUAUAUAUUUUUCUAAUAACAUUUUGUUUAUUUUUUGAAUUUUUGCACUGAAACUUUAUUUUACUGGAAAUGGCAAAGUAUGGCCAUAAGCUUCCGAUGCCUUAAAUGUUCAAAAAUUAUAAAAUGUGAACAAUAUGAUAAACAAAUUCUCUUCGAACACAUAAAAACCGAUCAUCCAGAUAUUAAUCUUCUAGAAAAUGAUAGUGGGAUGGAAAAACUGGAUAAUGAAGAAACUUUAAUUGGUACAAAAGUUGGCCAAUGUCUUCCGGAUAUAGACAUUCACAUGGAGGAAACAACUAUAAGAAGUCCGGAACUAAAACCAAUCUAUACCCGAAAGUAUAAAGUUACAAAACCACUUACGCCUCGGAGUCCUCAAAAACGUCGUAUGUACAAAACGUCCAUUGAGAAAUGGAAGCCUGCUAAGGGUAACAUUUAUUGUCCUAAGUGUGGAGCUACAAAGAAACCUAUUAUUAAGACGAAGUCGGAAAAGCGUACAUAUUCCCCCAUUGAAGCGGCUUGCAUCUUGACUUGUUGGCCAUUGUGUUUGAUACCAUUCUUUCAAGCCCCCUCCAAGGACUAUCUCUACUGUGCCGAGUGUCUAAACUUUUUAGGAAUGUAUGACAAACAGAGAAAUUGUAUUAGACCAAACAUUAAUUAUGUUGAAGCUGACGAAUGUCAAAAACAGACCCUUGAAAAUUCGAUUGGAAACUGUCAGAACAGAGAAUCGUCUAAAUAAGUUACAUCUAGAAGAUUGAAAAAGUAGUUAAAUUUGAAUUUGUAUUUAAACCAAACAAAAACAUAGCUUUUGUAGAUUCCAUUUUCGUUUUGAAAAUGGCAUAAUUGUAAUGUGAACUUUUGAAUAAAAUUUGAGAGAAAGUUAAUACUCGAACCAAUUCCAUCAAACAGA